GUUGGUUCUAGUAGCUCCUGGCUAUUUCCUAGCAGUUUGAGGCUAUUCUUAGUGGACAGUGACAGAUUAGUCAGGCAAGGCUAGUAGGUAUCCGUAGCCGUAGUACACUCCAUAGCAGCAAAAGUAGGUGCUCAAGUAGGCAGUGGUGGUACCUACAGUACUUACGCUAGACUAGGUACACUCCGCUACGUCGCCUCUGCUGCCUUCCCCCAGAAAUUCACCGAACCAAGUCGAACGCAACGCCGCCUCACACGCUAGCCUAAAUCUAGCGGCACCCGCACCGCAAGCUAUCCUUAAGCUUGGAUACUUUGUGGUUAUCAAUCUUCCAACUUUCCCUCCAUCUUCCACUCCCACUCCACCCAUAAAUACAUCCGAAUCCGCAUCCGCCAGAGCCAGACUCUACCCCCUCUUCGCGAUCUCCUCCUUUGCAAAACACCGCCAUAGUUUGGCAUCCAUAUACCCAUCCCAUCCCGCCGUUAACUUGCUCCUGUGACCUUCGGGUUCAAGACAAUCAAGAUGACCGCAGAACCGGAUCAUGUCGAACACAAGAAGAAGGUAAACCUGAAGUAAGUUCGGAUCAUCUUCUUGUGUCUCAGAUCGAGGACUGACAGUAUUCUCCAGCGAUGCUUCUGGUGCUGAGCACAAGGCAGUAAGUUUCUACAACGCCACCUGGCAAUCCGCCAGCUUCAAUACUGACAUCACUGCAGGCUGAUGACACGGCGACCGCCAUUCUCAAGAAGAAGAAGAAGCCAAAUUCUUUGAUGUAAGAUACUCCCGUUCACGGCUCCAGAUUACAGCUCUGAUGGUUUGUUUGCAGGGUCACCGAUGCCGUCAAUGAUGAUAACUCCGUCAUUGCCCUUUCUAACAACACCAUGGAGACCUUAUCGCUCUUCCGAGGAGAUACCGUCUUGGUCAAGGGCAAGAAGCGCAAGGAUACAGUUCUCAUCGUUCUCGCAGAUGAUGAUUUGGAUGAUGGAAGUGCCAGAAUGAACCGUGUGGUUCGACACAACCUCCGAGUCAAGCACGGUGAUAUGAUCACUGUUCACCCAUGUCAAGAUAUCAAAUACGUGAGUUUCUCUGUCUCCUACCCCAAAACCUACAGUGCUCACCCAUUCCAUAGGCCAAGCGAAUUGCAGUCCUCCCGAUCGCCGACACCGUCGAAGGUCUUACCGGAAACCUUUUCGAUGUGUUCCUCGCCCCAUACUUCCGUGAAGCCUACCGACCUGUCCGACAAGGAGAUCUUUUCACAGUUCGAGGUGGCAUGAGACAGGUGGAGUUUAAGGUUGUUGAGGUUGACCCUCCAGAGUACGGAAUUGUUGCCCAAGACACAGUCAUCCACUGCGAAGGAGAACCUAUUCAGCGCGAGGAUGAGGAGGGAAAUUUGAAUGAGGUCGGUUACGAUGAUAUUGGAGGAUGCCGAAAGCAGAUGGCACAAAUCCGAGAGAUGGUUGAGCUUCCAUUAAGACACCCUCAACUUUUCAAGUCUAUUGGUAUUAAGCCUCCUCGUGGUGUUCUUAUGUUUGGUCCCCCAGGUACCGGAAAGACCCUUAUGGCUCGAGCUGUUGCCAACGAAACUGGAGCAUUCUUCUUCCUGAUCAAUGGUCCAGAAAUUAUGUCAAAGAUGGCUGGUGAGUCCGAGUCGAAUCUGCGAAAGGCUUUCGAGGAGGCCGAGAAGAACUCUCCCGCAAUUAUUUUCAUUGACGAAAUCGAUUCUAUUGCACCCAAGAGAGAUAAGACCAACGGAGAGGUUGAGCGCCGUGUAGUGUCCCAACUCCUUACCCUCAUGGAUGGAAUGAAGGCUAGAUCAAAUGUUGUGGUUAUGGCUGCAACCAACAGACCUAACUCUAUCGACCCUGCUCUUCGUCGUUUCGGACGUUUCGACCGUGAGGUAGAUAUUGGUAUCCCUGACCCAACUGGUCGUUUGGAGAUUCUUCAAAUUCACACCAAGAAUAUGAAGUUGGGCGAUGAUGUCGACCUCGAGCAAAUUGCAUCCGAGACUCACGGUUAUGUUGGUUCCGAUAUUGCAUCUCUCUGCUCAGAGGCUGCUAUGCAACAGAUUCGUGAGAAGAUGGAUCUCAUUGAUCUUGAUGAAGAUACCAUUGAUGCUGAAGUCUUGGAUUCAUUGGGAGUCACCAUGGAGAAUUUCCGCUUUGCCCUCGGUGUUUCCAACCCUUCUGCUCUUCGCGAGGUUGCAGUCGUCGAAGUUCCGAACGUUCGCUGGGACGAUAUUGGAGGAUUGGAGGAGGUCAAGCGCGAACUCAUCGAGAGUGUCCAGUACCCAGUGGAUCACCCCGAGAAGUUCCUCAAAUUUGGUCUUUCCCCAUCUCGUGGUGUCUUGUUUUACGGUCCUCCCGGUACUGGUAAGACUUUGCUCGCAAAGGCUGUUGCGAACGAGUGUUCGGCAAAUUUCAUCUCCGUCAAGGGCCCUGAAUUGUUGAGCAUGUGGUUUGGUGAGUCUGAGAGUAACAUCAGAGAUAUCUUCGACAAGGCUAGAGCUGCCGCUCCUUGUGUUGUAUUCUUGGAUGAGUUGGAUUCCAUCGCCAAGUCUCGUGGAGGUUCUAACGGAGAUGCUGGUGGGGCCUCUGACCGUGUCGUCAACCAACUUUUGACUGGUAAGUCCCAGAAGCCUUUACAGAGAAGCUCUUUACUAAUAAAUGAUAGAAAUGGACGGUAUGACUUCAAAGAAGAAUGUCUUUGUUAUCGGUGCCACCAAUAGACCGGAACAACUCGACAAUGCUCUUUGCAGACCUGGACGUCUCGACACACUCGUCUAUGUUCCUCUACCAAAUGAAUCUUCCCGUGCCGGUAUCUUGAAGGCCCAACUUAGAAAGACCCCUGUCUCCGACGAUGUUGACCUUGAAUUUAUUGCCAAGAACACUCAUGGGUUCUCUGGUGCAGAUUUGGGCUUCAUCACACAACGCGCUGUUAAGCUUGCCAUCAAGGAGGCUAUUUCGCUCGACAUUGACCGACGCAAGGCACGUGAGGCUGCUGGGGAAGAUGUUGAUAUGGAGGAUGAGGAUGCUGAAGAUCCAGUUCCUCAAUUGACCAAGGCUCACUUUGAGGAGGCCAUGUCACAAGCUCGACGAUCCGUCUCUGAUGUUGAGAUUCGCAGAUAUGAGGCAUUUGCUCAGAGCAUGAAGUCUUCUGGGCCAGGUGCUUUCUUCAAGUUCCCCGAGGCUGGAGAAGCUGCUGCGAAUGCUUCAGCUGGAUACGGUGAUGGUGGUGAUGACGAGGGCCUUUACGACUAAAAAACUGUACUUUACUUUUUUCCUUUAUUCCCGCAUGCAUAUGCAUUGAACCAUAGAAUGGUGGGGGGUUGCUGUGCCAGGACGGACAUGGAGUCUGGGGUCUUCAAAGUCUUCGACGGUGUGUUACAGAUCUUCAUUCUGUUCGCUCGCGCAUGCAAGAGGCGAAGAACGGAUCUAUAUCUCUUGUAUCAGAGAUUACAUCUGUUCCUAGGUAGCACCUUAUUUCCAUAGAACGCCGAUAAUAUUUUUCAUAACUUUCUUCUCCAUGACCUGCUAUUAUCAGUGAUGAUUUUGUAUAUAUGCCUUGAUUUUUCGCUCCUACAAGACAGUCUAAAGCAGUUGUUUCUAAGUUCACCUUACGAGUACACACAGUUUUGAGCAAGGAUGUAAGUGAGUAAGUAAG